CAGCAUACACAUCAGGUUACAUUCCUAUUCUACCCAUAAUGUAUACCAUGAAAAAAAUAGACGCAACAACGCAUAUUUCUGGUCCAUUAAUUUUCCAGUGGAAUUAAAAAAAAGACAUAGCCAAAGGAUGCUUUUAAGCAAUUCUCUUUAUUCGUUAUCAUGACUCCCCCAUUAAAAAAAAAAAAAUCUCCCAAGAAAGAAACGCGCCAGCCAUAUAAUGCUCUUAUUUCAUUUUAGUCACCGUGCCUGCAAGUCAAACCUUUAUUAACCUUUAACCUUUAUUAUUGCGCACAAAUUGCAUCGGAAAGAGCGCGGUUGUUAAUACCGUUAACGACCAACCAAAUCCUCGCUGCUUUGCAACAAAAAAAAGAGCCCUUUUACGUCUUUUGUGCGUUAAAUUGCUGGCAAUCAUCCUAAUGUCUGUUCCUAAAUGAAAUGUCACACACGAAUGCACCUAUUUUGAAAACGUUUAAUUUAGUUCCUAAAGUGCGUAUUUUUAGUAAACAACGUCAACGUGUCCGGUCUCGCAUUUUCGUCGUUUUAUUUUAUUUUAUUUUUUUUUGCUUUAUGGCAAUAAUUAUUUGUCACCUAUGUUUGACAUCGUCCAACACGCUUGUCAUAAUUCGGCAAUUGUUGAAAUCCUCUUCCGUUCAGUUCAAACCGAAGAUUGUAAUUAAAACAUUUUGUGUUUUGAUUUAAUUUGGGCGAGUACAGUUAUUGCUUCCAUACUACGUACGCGUCUCGUUUUCAAAUAACAGACGAGCAAAUAUGUUUCUCAGCGUUUCUCAUUGUCACAUGAUAAAACUCCCUGUGGCAUAUUGCAACGCUGUCAUUUUUAAUUUCUUAGUUUUUUUUUUCAGUUCAUUGUGAGAUAUGCAAAUCCGCACGCGCGCGCCCUCCUAUUUUUGUCCCCCCGAAAGGGAGGCAGGCCACGCACCGUAACUUUCUUCUUUGCAGCCCUCCACCUCUCUCUGCACCUUGGAAAGCGUUUGCGUGGAGGAAUAAGAAGCUGCGUGCAAGUUGCACUUCCUGUAAAGUCACAACUCCAUCCCACCAGUGAGGGGAGAGGUACAGUGCACGAAGGGGAGGGUGUGCAUUUGCGCACAUGCCUUGUCUUUCUACCAGGCUUCUAGACAAACGCAGUUUUGCUUCGCCACACAACAGGAUCAUCGUCAACGUUCUUAAAGCCGGGAAAGGAGCUAUCAAGCCCGCUUGAAAAAAAAAAACAACAAAAAAGGGCGGCGAGGAGUAUUUUGUGCGAGCACCGGAUGAUAAAAGCUUUGCUGGCCGCCCAUCGACAACUUGUUCCCGGCUUGACUGCUGCCGCUGCUCGCCGGGAGGCUCCGGGGGAUUCAUGUACUGGAAAAAUGAAGUUUUGUCCCCUCUGUCAGAGGGCAACACGGUUCUGUCCACCACGAAGCAGGUGAUCUGCAGUGAGCGUCAUAGUGCUGCGGGCUGCAGCGUGGACUCCAAACACACGCAAAUGUCUCAGUCGGACGCGGAGUCUCAGCGGUCCAACAUGGAGCGGGAGGACACACGCUCGUCCCCGAGCACGCCGUCCACGCCCUCCGUGUGCUCGCCCACCUCCACCGCCAGCUCGGUUCCGUCCACGGGGAAGAACGUGUGCGCCAGUUGCGGUCUGGAGAUCCUGGACCGAUACUUGCUGAAGGUGAACAACUUGAUCUGGCACGUGCGCUGCCUGGAAUGUUCGGUGUGCCGGACGUCGUUACGUCAGCACAGUAGCUGCUACAUCAAAAACAAGGAGAUCUUCUGUAAAAUGGAUUAUUUCAGUAGGUUUGGUACUAAGUGUGCCCGCUGCGGGCGUCAGAUCUACGCCAGCGACUGGGUGCGGCGCGCCAGAGGCAACGCGUACCACUUGGCGUGCUUCGCGUGCUACUCGUGCAAGAGGCAGUUGUCCACAGGGGAGGAGUUUGGCCUGGUGGAGGAAAAGGUGCUGUGCAGGAUCCACUACGACACCAUGGUGGAGAACCUCAAGCGAGCGGCGGAAAGCGGUGAGCGGGUUCGAUUCUCUUUGUUGGAUGACUACAAUCACCCGCGGAUUCAGUUUCACGUCUGUCUUGACUUUCAUGUGGCUUCUGUACAGAUCAUGCAGGCCCAGUUUGCCCAGGACAACAACCCGGAUGCUCAGACGUUACAAAAACUUGCCGACAUGACGGGUCUCAGCAGGCGAGUUAUACAGGUGUGGUUUCAAAACUGCAGAGCAAGACACAAAAAGCACACGCCCCAACACAGCGGGGGCCCCCAGGGUCACCCACAGUCCAGGAUACCCUCGUCCUUGCCCGAUGACCUUCACUACUCCCCCUUCGGCAGCCCCGACAGGGCGCGCAUGGUCGCCCUACACGGAUACAUCGACAGUCACCCUUUCUCCGUGUUGACCUCCCAGAGUCUCCCCCACCAGGCCAUGUCGCUGCCUCAGCUGCCCCUCAGCCGCUAGCAUGCCGCCACGACUGCGACUUUUUAGGACCUGCCUCAAACCUCUGCGCCCCCCCGACACUUGACCUCCAAUCACUCACACCCGCGCGGCAACCAUCAGGUCGAGCCGGAGUCGGAUCGGAGGAGAGAGAGA